CCUCUGUAUUCUAUCUGAUAUCUUGACCGUUACCUCUCUUCUACGUCAACAUUCCCCGUUAUAUGAGGGGAAAACGUGCAAGAUGCCUGCCUGUGUCGUGUGUUUGUUUCGGUCAAAGUGGUGAGACGAAGGAUCCCGUCCCGUCACGUUGCAAGGUAGCGCAAUGCUCCGCUAAACAAAGGCGCUGGAGGAGGUCCCGUCGCACCUGGACUGCUGUUUACCUUAGGUUGGAGUAGACAUGCAGGCACGGCCCUUAAAUUGCAGAAGCUAUACCUGACAGGGUUAGCAAUCUGGGGCGCCUUAUAACUGCUGGAUCCAGCCGACGGGAGCCAGCCACUCAGCCCGGCCCAUGGAUGUCUCUGCUGACGUCCUUGUGUUUACCGACGCUCCCUCCGCUUUUGUCCCGAUUGCAACAAUUUCCGCCUGGAGGUCUCGCGCCUCGUUAAUGCCACCACCAUGCCCAGAGAAAUAAUAACCAUCCAGGCCGGCCAGUGCGGCAACAGCAUCGGAAGCCAGUUCUGGCAGCAGCUGUGUCUGGAACACGGCAUCAGCCAAGAUGGAACCAUCGAGGACUUUGCGACCGAAGGCGGCGACCGUAAAGAUGUCUUCUUUUACCAGAGCGACGAUACGCGAUACAUUCCCCGGUCCAUCCUAAUCGAUCUCGAACCCCGAGUGAUCAAUACCAUCCAGACUGGACCGUACCGAAACAUCUACAACCCGGAAAACUUCUAUGUGGGCAAGAGCGGUCUUGGUGCGGGCAACAACUGGGGCGACGGUUACCAGACAGGCGAGCAGGUACAUGAGGAGAUCAUGGAGAUGAUUGAGCGUGAAGCCGACGGCAGCGAUUCCCUCGAGGGUUUCAUGAUGCUACAUUCGAUCGCCGGCGGCACAGGAUCAGGACUGGGCUCUUUCCUACUGGAGCGACUGAACGACCGCUUCCCCAAGAAGAUCAUCCAAACAUACUCGGUAUUUCCCGACACGACCAGCGCCGGCGACGUUGUCGUACACCCUUACAACAGUUUGCUUGCGAUGAGGAGGUUAACGCAAAACGCCGACUCGGUUGUGGUGCUUGACAACGGCGCCUUGUCACACAUUGCCGCCGACAGACUACACGUACAAGAGCCCUCGUUCCAACAGACCAACCAGCUCGUAUCGACCGUCAUGUCCGCCAGCACAACCACCCUCCGAUACCCCGGCUACAUGCACAACGACCUGGUCAGCAUUCUCGCGUCCUUGAUCCCGACUCCUCGAUGCCACUUCUUGAUGACGUCGUACACGCCCUUUACUGGCGACCAGGUGGAGCAGGCUAAGACGGUGCGCAAGACGACGGUUCUCGACGUGAUGAGACGAUUGCUGCAGCCCAAGAAUCGCAUGGUGUCUACUGUACCCGGCAAGAAGAGCUGCUACAUCUCCAUCCUGAACGUCAUCCAGGGCGACGUGGACCCAACCGAUGUGCACAAGAGUCUGCUCCGUAUUAGGGAGCGUCGUCUUGCUACAUUCAUCCCUUGGGGUCCCGCUAGCAUUCAGGUGGCGCUGACCAAGAGGAGUCCCUACGUGACUAUGGCACAUCGUGUCAGUGGUUUGAUGUUGGCAAACCAUACCAGUAUUGCUACGCUCUUCAAGCGCAUCGUCAGGCAGUACGAUGGUAUGCGGAAGCGCAACGCCUUCAUGGAAGCCUACAAGAAAACGGCACCGUUUUCCGAAAACCUCAACGAGUUUGACGAAGCCAGGGAGGUCGUCAUGGACCUCAUUGCCGACUACGAGGCUGCCGAAGACGCCAACUAUCUCAACCCAGACCUUGGCGAAAACGCGUCGGUCGACACGGACAAGAGAAUGGCUUGAGUCUUAUAACGGACAGAUGAUGGCCAGGUGGUGGCCUUUUGUUUUUUUCAGAAAGAGAUAGCUGGUAUAACUCUUUUUCUACUAGGCUAAGGCGAUAUCACGACCAAAUUGUUAUUUGCAGGCGUUAUUGGGCGGGAGGAAAACUAGGAGGAAGGUGUUGGCGCGCAUUCUGUAUCAUUUGCCAUGUUGGUUGUUGAUGAUUGCAGCAACAUCUUUGACCACUGAGGCUAUGAAAUACCAAAUUGUCUUCAAACCCCAAAAUGCAUGCAUGCGGGACCUCAGACUUGGGGUUCAUAAAUAACCCCAAGUUGACAAGUAUUCAACCAACUGACGAGUGGCUUCGUGGUCGAGCGGUGUGGUGCGCUGAGCUCUCUUUGCAC